CAUUUGGAUGGUGCUGAGCUCUUGAGCUGAACAUCUGCGUCAGUAGCAAGAGGGAGGGUGCUGUGCCAGGCACUGAGCCUGCAAAUCUCUGCCACCAGUGUGACUAUGCAGCCUCUGUGUUGGGGGUGGGGGUUCUAGAUCCUGUGCACCCCAUUGGAAGGGGCUGCCAAUGAAGCUGUUAGUAAAUUGGCUGUGAUGGGUGUGCACGUAAUGGCUCUCUAAAUCCCACGCUUGCAUUGCCAGCUCCCAUGGUAUUUUGCCAGUCUAAUAAGGCUUGGUGGGAUCUUGAAGCCUUGGUGCUUGCGGUCAGUUGAUUAUGUAUGAACCUCAGCUUUCACUGGGUGAAAAUAAGGUUUUAGUCCUCUUUUAUAACGACAGCCCAGGAAGCUGUCAUCACACUCUUGAGAUUAAGAAACCUGCAGGGCAAAUGAGAAAAAUCCCUGAAGUAUUUAUUAUUUUGAAUCUCUAUUCUCUCUUUUGUUGGUUUGGUUUGAUUCUGGUUCCUGGCUUUUGAGAGCCUUGGGUUGGCAGAAUGGCAUGCCAGCUAAGUGAAAUGGCAGCAAGGAAGGGAAGAAAGCAAGUGACAGGAGCGUGUUUGAGCAGGCCUGUUUCAUUUAAUGGCAUGUGGUUAUUUUGCUACUACAGCCUUCUUUUGCUCUCUUAGUGAAUAGCACUAACAUGCAAUCCUGCUCUACACUCGCAUACUCAAAUUGCUUGUAGUUUACAGUGCCAUUUAGAGUGUAUCUGAAUAUGAGCAUGCAUAAUUGUGUUUUUACUUUUGUUUGGUCUGUGUAUGAAAACUGCAGAAAAGCUAAAUGCACGUACAGAGUUUAAAUGCUCUAUUUAGCUUGUGUAUUAGACAGUGGUUCAUAUUCUUAUGGUUUCAUUCUCUUGGCAGUCUCCCCCUUGCCUAAGAAAAUUAUUUAAAUGUGAUAAUUGCAGCAUGUGCUGGACACUUUGAAUGAGUGAGAAUUUACUGCAUCACCCUCUUACAUGAUUGGUCAAAAGAAGACAGGUUUGGGGAUUGGGUGGAUUAUUGCAGUGAUUUACAUUGUGAUAGGUUUGUAAAUAUAAUAAAAACAAACCAAAAUCUGGUUUGGUGGUAGUAUGUAUGUGCUAUCUCAGAUCAGCUUCCUCUUUUGGUACCACUAUUUGCCUUUAGGAGAAAAAAUAGAAGCGUCUCCUCUGGAUAUUUAAGGAAGUCUGCAAAUACUUGAUUAAUGGCUGAUCGAGUGCUUGUGAUUGGCAAUGGAAGCAGGGAGCAUGCUUUGGCCUGGAAAUUAGCACAGUCUCCACAUGUAAAACAAGUGCUUGUUGCUCCAGGAAAUGCAGGAACAGCUGGAGAUGGGAAAAUUUCCAAUUCAGCUGUGUUAGUUAGUAACCAUGCAAUCCUUGCCCAGUUCUGCAAAGAUCAUAACAUUGGACUUGUGAUAGUGGGACAAGAGGAUCUUUUGGCAACUGGAAUCGUUGAUUACUUGACAUCAGUAGGAGUGAGAUGCUUUGGACCCACAGCAAAGGCAGCUCAGUUAGAGACCAGUCUAAGCUUUGCCAAAGCCUUUCUGGAUCAGCAUGGGAUCCCAGCAGCAAGGUGGAAAGCCUUCACCAAUCCUCAGGAAGCAUAUAGGUUUGUUAACAGCACAGACUUUCCUGCACUGGUUGUAAAGGCUGGUAGCCCAGCUGCUAGAAAAGAGGUAAUUAUUGCAGCCAGCAAAGAGGAAGUGUGUGAAGCUGUGCAAAAGAUGAUGCAGGAAAACAUGUUUGGGGAGUCUGGAGAGAUGGUUGUCCUUGAGGAACUUCUUAAAGGGGAAGAACUUUCUUGCUUGUGCUUCAGUGAUGGAGUCACAGUUGCCCCCAUGCCACUGGCCCAGGUCCACAGAUAUUUGCUGGAUGGAGACAGAGGUCCAAACACUGAAGGGUUGGGAGCUUUCUGCCCUGCACCUCAGGUUCCAGAAGCUCUUCUACAGAAAAUCAAAGAUGCUAUCUUUCAACCCAUUGUUGAUAAUAUGAGACAAGAAGGAACACCAUAUAUAGGUGUGCUGCAAACAAGAUUAAUGCUUACCAAAGAAGGUGUGAAAGUAUUAAACUUUAAGUGUCACUUUGGUGACCCUGAGUGCCAGGUAAUUCUUCCACUGUUAAAAAAUGACUUUUAUGAAGUGAUUCAAGCAAUAAUCAAAGGCAAACUCCGCAGCCUCAUGCCAGUCUGGUCAGAAAACAGUACUGCUGUGUCUGUGGUUAUGAUAAGCAAAGGAUACCCAGGAGACUAUGCUAAUGGCAUGGAAAUAACAGGUCUUCUUCAGGCGAAAGAGCUGGGAGUGGAGGUGUUCCAUUCAGGCACAACGGUGAAAGAUGGCAAAGUGGUGACGAAUGGUGGAAGAGUCCUUACCGUAACAGCUGUCAAGGAGGAUUUGAUGUCAGCACUAGAACAAGCCAAUGAAGGAGUGGCAGCCAUACAGUUCCAUGGUGCCAUUUAUUGGAAGGAUGUUGGUUACCCAAUUUUAGGACUUCUCUCUCAGUCUGUAGGCCCAGUAUGCAAAGGAAGAAGCAUGGAAACUUUGACCAGCAAUAUUUUGAUUGAUCACUGUGAACGACCAACUGAAAGUAAUACCAUAUCAGGCAGCCAUUCAGAGUUGGAAGGCUUUGCUGGUCUGUUUGACUUGAGACCGUUUGGAUAUGAUGAUCCUAUUUUAGUGUCUCGAACUAAAGGCCUUGGAACUAAAUUGCAGAUUGCACAGGUGUGUAAGAAACACAAUACCGUUGGUCAGGACUUGGUUGCUGUGUGCAUCAAUGACAUCCUGGCCCAGGGAGCAGAGCCCCUCUUCUUCCUUGACUACUUUGCCUACAGUAAACUUGAUGCUGAAGUGACCCAGGUCAUCAAAGAAGGAAUAGCUGAUGCUUGUAGAAGAGCAGGAUGUAUCCUUUUGGGGAGAGAGAUUGCCGAAAUGCCUGGCAUGUAUUCACUUGGAGAGUAUGACCUUGCUGGCUUUGUAGUUGGUGCAGUGGAACGAAGACAGAUGCUCCUGAAGCUGGAGAAAAUUGCUGAUGGGGAUGUAGUUAUUGGACUAGCUUCUUCUGGGAUUCACAGCAGUGGGUUUAACCUUGUAAGGAAGAUUCUCUUAAUGUCCUGUCUACACUACACUGCUCCAGUACCUGGUGGAUGUGAUGACCAGACUUUAGGAGAGCUGUUGCUAACCCCAGUAAAUAUGUACAGCAAGUCUCUGCUUCCAGUCUUUCGUUCAGGGCGUGUGAAAUCCUGUGCUAUUAUUGCUGAAGGAGGCUUGAUGAAAAGCAUCCCAAGAAUCCUUCCUGAAUCAUGUGGUGUUGUUUUGGAUGCUCAUAGCUGGAAGAUACCCCAGAUCUUUUCCUGGCUCCAUAAUGAGGGGAACCUCUCAGAAGAAGAGAUGGCCCAGGCAUUUAAUUGUGGGAUUGGUGCUGUCUUGGUGGUACAGAAGGAGUUGGCUGAGCAGGUUCUGAUGGAUAUACAGAGAUAUGAAGAAGCGUGGGUGAUAGGGAACAUUGUCUCUGUGUGCACAGGAUCUGCUCCUGUGAAAGUCAAGAAUCUCCUGAAAGCCUUGCAGUUACAUGGAUCCCAGUGUCAGCAGAAUGCUGCUCUCUUGGACAGUCACCUCCAGCCCAAAAAGAGCAAAGUGAAAGUAGCUGUUCUCAUCUCUGGAGCAGGUACCAGCCUUGCAGCACUUAUUGCUUAUGCAAAAGAACCAGCAAGCUGUGCCCAAGUGGCCCUUGUCAUCUCUAACAAGCCUGGGGUGGAAGAACUGAGGAAUGCAGCCAGGGCUGGGAUUCCCACCAGGGUGAUUGACCAUAAAUUGUAUGGCAGCCGCUCUGAAUUUGACAGCACAAUCGACAGAGUCCUUGAAGAAUUCUCUGUUGAACUGAUCUGCCUGGCCGGAUUUAUGAGAAUUUUGUCCAGUGCUUUCCUCAGAAAGUGGAGUGGAAAAAUUUUGAAUGUUUAUCCAUCACUUUUGCCACCAGCAAAAGGGGGAAAUGCCUGUAAGUCAGUGAUCCAACCAGGCCACAGAGUGACUGGCUGUACAGUGCAUUUUGUACUGGAGGAGUCCAGUGCAGGAGCAGUAAUUCACCAAGAGCUCAUCCCUGUGGAGGUGGAUGACACGGAGAAGACCUUGUCUGAAAGGCUGAGGGAAGCAGAGUGCCGAGCCUUUCCCAUUGCCCUGCAGCUGGUGGCCAAGGGAAUGGUGCAGCUAGGAGCAGAUGGGAAAACCUGCUGCAAAUCAGAAGGCCAACAGCCGAUUCAUCAAAGGACAUCAGAGGGUAGGAAUUCAUCAAGAGGUUUGGAACAGGUUGAUGGGCAGUAGCCUUUGGCUAAUAGCUCACCAGUGGGAGUGCUGGCCUGCUAAGGCUGCAGUCUGGGUUUUGAGGCCAGUCUCUGCUCCCAUAUCCCAGCAAGGCUGUUCCCUGCUAGCCCAAUGCCUUUUUUUUUUUUUUUUUUCUUUUGCAGCCUCCUUGGACUGAAACUAGCGAGCCAUUUAUAUACCCGUGAAACUUCUGAUCCUGUUGAGCCUACAGCCUCUGUCUGGGAGGGGUGAGAUGGGAAUUUAGGUUGCUUCAUCACUGUCUCAGGUGGAGUGGAGGGAGCCACUCGCCUCUCCUGAGGGCCUGGCAGCUCCUGGCUGGUUGGGCUCAAGAGCUCUUCUUUUUCUCUCCUGCAUAGUGGGGAGAAGGCUUCAAAUGGGGAAGCCAGGCUCAUAUGGCCAAGCUCCCUCCCUUCCUUUGCCAAAGGCAUGGGUGACAGCAGGCUUCCCAUAUUUAUUCCAACAGGCACAGGCAAUGGCAGGCUGGAAGCUGGGGCCCCUGCUUUGCAUGGCAGCCAAAAAAGGACGAAGGCCACAGCCUGGAGCAGCAGCUGGCUCUAGCCAGUGUCUUCCAAGGCAUGGUUAAGUGGAGCCAGGGCCAGGGUCUACUUCCCUGGAACUGCUCUUGUGCAACAAGAGGCAGAGUUGAGAGGACGUCAACACUCCUUGGCUGUUUGCUCAGUGGUGCCAAGGUCAAGGCCCUGGGUUUGAAGACUGCCAUGUCCCUAGGGAAGUUGCUUCCACCCUGCCCUGUGCCCUAUUGGAAUGAAACCAAUGAGCGUAUUCCUCACAGUAUGUUCUCAGCUCUGCAGUUGCAGAUUCUUUGCUGCAGCAGUGUCGGAACUUAAAUCACCCUCUCGGGGUACAUGCCUCCAUUUUCAGCUACAUCUGAGAGAGGGGAAUUUACUGUAUACACGCACACAUACAGCUGCAUUUUAUUUUUUUUACACCUUGCUUCCUUUGAUUUAAGAAAGUAGUGCAUUGGCUUCUGAGGGAAACUGUUAAAGGAUAAGUUGUGUCAGCUGCUUUUGAUUGUUCCGUCCGAUUCCAGAAAACCAUGGGCUUCCCAAGUAUGCACACAAUGUACGCACAGAAGCAGGAGCCAUGGUACAAGAACUGGAUGGCAAGGUGCUUCUGUUGGGCAGGCCUGGCUCAGGAGGUGAAAAUAAGGGAUGAGCGGAAAUGCAAAUAUAAUCAAAGGGAAUAGGAGUCUUGUUGAACAUUAUUACUUAACAUCACCCUAGUUAGAGGUUGCCUCAUGUUUGCCUUCUCCGUGGUGGAUGUUUUGCUGCACAUGAUGGGGAGGGAACAAGGUUUCUGUUGCCUAGAAGGCAUAAAGAAGUGUUCUUGAUCAAUUGUGAACUCUUUCUGCCUAUGACAAGGCAGCCAAAUACUGGUUGCAUCAGUAUCACUUGUUACGUUUCUAGCUCUAGUGCCCCAGGGUGCUGGUUCUAAUAGCCCCCUUCUAGAGUCCUGUGCUCAAAUAGUUAAAAAUGCAGUAAAAAUAUGUUCUUAAAUGCUUGAAAAUGCUUAAAUGUUUCAUGGAAAAUUAGAAAUUAAAUGCCCAGCUUCAUGGAAAAUUGUGGUUUUUGCAUUAAAGUUGUCCCUUAAAUAAGGUCCUUGAGCCAGCUGCCACACUGUAGUAGAUAGCAGAGCCAAGAGGCAACUGUAACAGGCUUUUGAAAGGGGAAAUUUAAGAAGAGAAUCAGGCCACCUUCACCUGGCUUGAAUUCCCAGGGACAGGGAUUAUUCCCUUGAUCUUUCUUUGUUCUGUUGCAGAAUUUAAGGAUUAUUCAAAAGAUCAUCUAAUUUAUUGAAAGGGAAAGAGGGUUUCCAAAGAUAGUGCAGCAUCCAUUGUGAAAACCUUUUGGAUCUUGGUAAGGAAGCAAAGAAGAGCUGGAAAUGCAUUUCCUGGGUUUCUUGCUAGGAAAGAGCAGAUAAUACAGAAAUAGGAGGCAGCCUAGUUGACUUACAAUGGCAAAGAAAAUCUCCAUGUUCUCAGAUAGCCACCCAGCAACAAGUUUGGCAGUGAGAUGUGCAAAGGCCUUUUAUAAAAAAAAAAAACAACCACAAGUGUGAGUCUUACUUUGUCUGCCAAAAUAAUAGAUCAUGUGCAAAUAAAUCAGUGGGGAGGGAAGUCAGCCAAGAAAUUAUUAGCUAAAUUGAAAAAGAAAUAAGAACUGAACUUUCCAGUGUAGGGUUCACUGAUUGAUUUAGCUCAGGGACAUGAACACCUAGUAGGGUUCAAUUGGAUGAAUGUUGUUUUGGAUCCUGAUUACAAGUACUGUACUAAUAGUAUACUGUAUGUCAGGUUCUUGGCUGCAGCAAAUCAUUUCAGAAGCCAAAUUAACUUCAUUAUAAAUUUUAGAGUGAAAGAAUUUUACACCUCCUGUAAUUUUGCAUUCAUGCUUGUGGAUAACAUGCUUCACUGGAGGAGGAAAAAAGAACGCUAUUCCUUAUUGGCAGACAAGGUUCUUUGGGUGAAUCUGAUAUCUUUUAUUAGAUCAAUUUUUAAUAGUUAGGAAAACAAUGUUUAGCAAGGUUUGGGGUUUAAAAACCCUUUGUCAGGCUAAGGAAGUCUGUGCAGUUGGUGUGCACUCUUCCUGGAUGGAAUGAAUAGUAAAGAGGGCGGAGGCUGGUGUGCAUGCAAGACAGGCAGUCAGUGAAGAUGUAAAUUGAGGAGUCAGUGGGUGAGACAGGCUGGGGAGAGGAGAGAGAAAAGGGGGAUGAAUGUAGCAGUUAAAUAGUGGAGUAGUACCUGGGGAGUCAGAUGUCAGGCAGGUUAUAUAAUAUGUCAUAAAUCCAAUGUCUAUAUUUAGUCCAUGACUUUUUGUAUCCAGGUUGAUGAAGUGAAGUUCAUAGGCUCGUCUCUGAGAAGUAUUUUGUAAGUUCCCUUUUGAGGAUUAGAACUGAGAGAUUGGAGAGAGAGUGCGGUUUUCUUGUGAAACGUGCCCCCACCACUAAUUGGGUAUUCUUGUCUUUGAUAGAUUUCUGGUGUGCAUUCAUUCAGGUGCACAAUUGUUGUUUGGGGCACAUUUCUCACAAGAAAACUCUCUCUCUCCAAUCUCUCAGUUCUAAUCCUCAAAAGGGAGCACUUCUCAGAGACAAGCCUAUGAACUUCAUGUCAUCAACCUCCUGGAUACAAAAAAUCAUGGACUAAAUAUUGACAUUGGAUUUAUGACACGUUAUAACCUGCCUGACAUCUGACUCCCCAGGUACCUCUCCACUAUUUAACUGCUACAUUCAUUCCCCUUUUUUCUCCCCUCCACCCCCAGCCUGUGUGUGUCUCACCCACUGACUCCAAUUUACAUCUUCACUUACUGCCCAUCUUGCAUGCACACCAGCCCAGCAUUUGGCUUCCUUACUAUUCAUUCCAUCCAGGAAGAGCACGCACCAACUGCAGAUGAUUCCUCAACCUGACGGAGGGCUUUUAAACCCAAAAGUGUACUAAAUUUUUUUUUUUCCAGCUAUUAGAGUUGGUUUAAUAAAAGAUAUCAGAUUCACCCAAAGAAUCUUGUCUGCCUAUCUCCUUGGACCAACAUGACUACAACCUACACCCCUAUUCCUUAUUAACUAUUGUCUACUCAAGAAGUAUACUGACUCCUUUGAGCAAAAGAUGGCAUUUUUUUAAUGGUGUAGUGAUUGCAGGAAAAAGCUUGUUUUUUCUUUUUCCCUGUGUUAUCACAAAUACUGUCUUCUGGUAUACAUAGAAUAAACAGACAUAAUUUCUGCUGCUGUUGUAUUUAGAUGUGUAGUACUAUUCUUCUGUAUGCUGUUUUGAAUUGUACGUUAUUCUUUCAAUAUUUUAACAGUGAACAAAUAAAAUAUUAAAGAUGG